AUGGCCUGGCAUACACUGGACUCACGGCACUUCCAUCCCAUAUGGUUGCUGGGUGAUGCUGCUGUCCUUGACUGGGGCCAUCAUAGGGCUUGUGGUCUUCCCAUACUUUCCACACGUCGCUUCAGACAUCUGUUUCUUAGAUUUCGUAUGCGUUCACCAGACGGACAGCAGGAAGAUGCAGCAGGGCAUCAGGUCUAUCGGAGCAUUCCUUGCGUCAGCUUCGGAACUGCGCGUGCUGUGGAGCGCGCCUUACCUACAGAGGUUGUGGUGUGUCUUCGAAUUAGCCGCAUAUCGCAAGCUCAACCCAAAUGGAAGGAUAGUGAUAUCACGGAUCAUGACGGAGGUUGCGGUUCUUUUGACGUUCAUUUGGGCGCAAUUGGGUGCUGUGGGAUUCUGGAUUGCUCGCGAGGGCCCACACGGUGGCGAGCUCUGGCGGUUGCUGCUGGUGGUCAUCUGUGUAUCCUUGCUGCAAUGGCGCUUGCGGCAGUGCAGAAGCAAGAUGCUGACGAAAAGUUGAGGAGCCAGCUGACAAACUUCGAUGUGAUGAACGCGAAAUGCAGCAACGAGUUUGAUAGACAAUGCAUCCAUGAUCUCAUCAUCACGUGGUACGGCAGCCUGUCUGCUUUCAACGAUUAUAUACAGGGGCCAUUUUGCCUUGAAGUACUUCAGCUCAGACGCAGCCAACGCUGCAUUGAAGGCCACUACCUCAUCUUCUUGUUGCUGCCGAAUACCAGUUACUUUCUGGAAGGGUCUUUGGCUUUUUCCAUGUCCGGGGCGCCUGCAGAGGUAUCGAUCAGCUACUUCCUUGCCGUGGUGUUGUGCUUCAACCUCAUUUGGCUUCCAUCUGUCAUCGUACUGGGAGCUUACCUCACGCAGCAAGGUAUCCGACUGGGCAGAUUCAAAAUCAAACCUUCCCUCUUGGAGCCACUCCUGAUCUGUCUUUUGUGCCUCAUUCUUCUGUCGCUCGGGAUCGGUGCCGCAAUUGCCGCCGUUUUCCGCGGCAUAGAGAUGUCCAUCCUGUGGAACAUCGUGGGUCUAGUCUUUGCCGCAGUGAUUUGGAUGAAAUGCUGGCGAGUUUAA